GUUCGGCGCGUCCUGUGUGAUGUCGGCUGUGUCCAAGGUGGUUCUGGGGGUGACGGUGGUGCUGUCGGUGGGGACCGUGGCCGGAGUCCACAUCCAGCAGAGCCGUCUGAGAGAGAGACUACGUGAAGGAGUGGCCAGAGACAUUGAGCGACAGCAACGGAAAGAAGACAACCUUCGUCUUUUGCAGGAACAGAUUGCUUUAACAAAACAGCUUGAACUAGAAAGGGACCGCAUGCUGACGGCCAAAGGACCCCAGCACUGA